GUGACGGACACUGUCCAGCCUUGCCGCAUCGUCUUCUUGCUGGUGGGGCACAAGAGCGACCUGGUGGCGGAGCGGCAGGUGGGCCGGAGGGAGGCAGAGAAGCUGGCGUCGGCGCUGGGGGUGCAGUACAUCGAGACCUCGGCCAAGGACGCAAGCAACGUGACCCAGGCUUUCCAGAUGCUGACGCUGGCCAUCUACCAAGCGCUGCAGACGGGGCUGCUGCGUCCCACUGAGGCCUGGGACGGGGUGAAGAGCAGCCUCCUGCUCCUGCCGGGGCUGAAGUCUCAGGUUCCAGGGAAGGAAGAGAAGCAAAAGAGAUGCUCGUGCUAGAGACGGGGUGGUUAUGAGGAUGUACACAGCCUGCCCGGCCUAUCUGCUGCCCCCAGAGCCCUGCUGCAGAGCCGGUGGGGAGCUCGGACACACAGCUCCACAGCAACG